UGAAAAAUAACGAGUCGAUCGCGUAAAAAAAAAAUUGUUAACUGCGUGUCGAAGAGAUAAUAUAAGAGAAAGGGAUAUCUCAGUUCGUUUUUAAUCGGAGAGACAUUAAAGCGCAACCAACAUCGUUCCCGCAUCGGUUACGUGAAAAUUUGCUUCCCAUAUUGUCGCUUAAUUUACGAAACACCGAAUGAGAAAUGUUUCCACGAUGAAAGGGGCUCUGUGGAAAGUGAAAUAUCAUUAUCAAUGGUAGAAUCGUAGGAUUAAAUACAAGUUACGAUAGUUUUCAAAUUUGUGCGGAAAAGUAUCUAUGAUUCCGUACAUCUUGAUUGGCUUUUAAAAUUGGAGAAUAUAGGCUUCGAUCUCGAGGCGGGAAAGAAAAAAGGGAGAAAUUAAAAUUUUGAAUGAGAGUAAAAAGGAAGAUAACGAAAAGAUACACACGAUUUAUGUUAGAACACGUGUAAAUAUGCUAAAUCGGUACUGCUGACUGUCGCGAGGAACGAGGAUACACGGUCGAUCUGAAAAUACGCAUUGCCGGGGUGCUUGUGAAAAGGAAAGAGAAAUACUUACGGAGAUCACGGUGAAAAACCACGAAGGUGGAGGAGGAAGAGGAAGAGGAAGAGGAAGCAGAAGAAGAAGAAGAGAAAGAGAAAAAUUCGUUCGCAGGAUGUAACAGAUUUGCUAAAACAACGUUUUAACAAUAAAAUUAAAAUUAAAUGCAAUUACUGUCGACAUUUGAAGAAUUAAUUAACGAAGGAACACACGUGAUUUUAUCAACGAAAAAGCAGCAAUGCGGUUACAUUUAAUAAGGGUGUUUAUUAUUCUACGAUAGUUAUUGACAGCCGAGUUGCCAAGAUGCGAAGCGAGGUUAGCGAAUGGUUGGCAACGUGCGUUGGUUCGCCGAUAUGUAUCCUCUUGCUUUCUUGGUCUUUACUAAUCUAUCAAAAUCAACCAUCCUCGACGAAGAGAAGAAUAGACGUACUAACGGUGGCAAUUAUUGCGGAGAGUCUCGUACAUCAACUUGGAUUACUAUUUUAUGCUAUCCUUACUUUAAUUCGACCAGCAAAUCAUUUUGGAGAAUUAUGUUCAACUUUAGUUUGGAUCCUAAACUCAUCGAGCAUACUACAAGAAUUAACCUUGACGUCUAUCGCAAUUUUCGCAGCAAUAGGGAGCAAAGAUGAGCGGUUUAAUUUAACAAAAAAUCAUUUGAAGUAUCAUUUGGUCAGUUUAAGCGUAAUAAGCGCUUGCAUUGGUAUAACAGGCGUUCUCAACUUUGAACCAGAUAUAUGUGUAUUUCUACCGCAAGAAGUAUCCAUGAAAUAUGGAAUAUUCGUCAAUUCUCUAAGAUGUUUGCUAUUACUUGCUUCGCUCAUUGGUUUAUUGAUAGCAAUAUUUAAAAGUUUAUGUCGUACCCCAAAAGCAGAAUUAUUAAAAUCUGUUUCGGAUUUGUCCGAGACCAGUUCGAAAAAUUCGUCAGGUGCUUUCGAAUGUCAUCCUCAUCAAUGGGAUCCAUCGAGCGGUUCGUGCACCAGUGGUUCAACCAAUAGCAGAGCUUGUCUACGUAAGAAAAAAAUUCACGUUGAUGAAAGUGGCGAAAGAUCGACAGUUUACAGCAUUCUAUUCGUUUGUUACAUCUUCGAGCAUCUUCCAGUAUUGAUAUUUUCCAUCAAGCCGAGUCUACUGAGAAACUUUUGUACACCGCAAAAUUUGGCAAUGUGGUUGCCACUCGUUAAGGAUACACUUUUACCUGUUUUCUUGGCGAUCUUCGAUAAAAUGUUCUGUCGUUACGUUGCCAAAGUUUACACGAAACAAGAUCAUGCGAGAAGACUCUCACACGGUGGUGUUGACGGAAAGUUUCGACACUUUGAACACGACGCGGAAUACAAAUUACAAUUGAACCUAAAUCACGGUUUGAAAUUUCCCUUGACAAACGGAAGUCUUUAUGGGAGAUUGCACAAUCAUCAAAAUAGAGGAAAAACGGGAACGAUAACAAUGGGCGUACAACAUUAUCCAAGAUCGCAAUCCGUCAACGAGGACAGCAACUAUGCUUCGCUUCCUGCAGAAUUAUCAUCAUUCACUAGUUCGACCUUCGAACCACGUCAAGAAAUUCGACUUAACGAAUCACCGAAGAAAAAUACAAUGGACGAUCGUACCGAUCGAUCAUGCAGAGUUAAUGAUAAUUUUAACGAAUUAGCUGGAAAUCGUAGAAAAAUCGGUAGUACAGACGUUUUCGGUCAAAAUAUGGAAAAUUUGGUACAAUUAGAUGAUUCCAAUUCUAAAAGAAAAUUUGCCAAAAGUUUAGAAGAGAUAUGCGAAGAACCGCAACAACGAAGACACGUUAGAAGUGUUUUGGGAUUGGAUAGUUUGGUAAUCACUUUGGAUAACGGUAUGAGAGAACAACAGCAACAACAGCAAUUAGCGAGAAAUGCUCUUAAAAGGAAUCAGAGUUUCGAUCAUGCGAGGUAUCAUCGACCCAUUCUCGAUACAAGAACUUACGAUUUAAAGAAAGAUGAGCACAGAAGGGAACAACAAAGUAUUCAUCAGAGACAAAAUAGUCAAGAACUUGGAGAUGGUUACGAGACGUCCGAUGACGAAAGCUGCGAUUUAGAGAACGGAGACUUCGACACUAUGAGUUCCUGUAGGAGCAGGAGUAGGAGUUGUUGCUCCGUUACAACGGUUGCUAACGACGACUUUGAGUACUUUCAACGUAAGGGGACCAAGGUGGAGCUGUUGCCCUCGAAGCGAAGCAACGAGGUAAAGGUCAGCAUGCGAUCUUUCACGCCGAGGAUCAUAGAGAACGAUACCAUCGAUCGGGAAGAUAGAAGAAUCAAUAAAACUAUCAUCAACACCAAGCCGAGUAUACAAUCGUAUCAUUUAAAGAAAAGAAUUGGACCAGGAUUUUCUAUGAACGAUCUCGAUAAAUUAACCACCAUCGAAAAAAAGUUUCCAAAUUUGUCAAUGGAAAGUUUGAAAAGUAUCCUAAAAAAUUCCGAUGUUAGUUAUUUGGACAAUGGUGAUAUCUGCAGGCAUGAUAUCGGGGGCUCGGCACCGGAUUUUAAAAAGAUCUUUGUUACAGAAUUUAUCUGAACGUAUAUAAUCAUUUCUAAAGUAUCUUUUCUUCUCAUCUAUGUCCAUGUCACAUACUCAUUUGAUUUCUUUUUUUUUUAAUUUAUAUCCAAUUGAAAUAAUAUCUUAUAAGAUUUUUCCAAUGCC